AGGAUAAUGAUGGGUUUCUUAUCUAUCACGUCCUGCAUCUCUUCCUAAAGCGUCCACACAGUGGGCUCGAUCGCGUCAUGGAAUUUGCUGUGCCGCUUUCUCAACACGGUCACGGGAAGGGUGGACAAUAAUUCUGAAUCGGGAUCUACCUCCGCAGCUACAUGAUAAGGUUCGAGAUGCCCCAUUGUUUGGGAAAUCAUAUGCUAUUUUCAACGCUUUGAAAAUACCCGUUCGCCGCCGAAAGCAACAAUAUGAACGAAAAAGAUGUUGAGGCCGCAGGUCGCCCUCAUGAUGUAGCAACGGUUCGAAUAUCAGACCCCAUCCCGAGAAGCAAAGGCAAAAAGAGCCUUUCCUUCUACAUGUCAAUACUGAUGUUGGCUAUGAUUGCGCUGAUCGUAUCCUGGGAUGUGACUGCCCUGUCUUUAGCAUUACCAGUCAUUGCCAACCGGCUCGGUGGGACCAACUUCCAAUCAUUCUGGGCAAGCAUAGCUUUCAUUCUCGGAAUAGCCGUCACUCAGCCGAUAUAUUCAAGUAUAUCCGACGUCAUGGGACGGAAGCAAGUGCUUUACGUAGCCAUUGCACUAUUUGGAGUUGGCUGUAUAGUCUUCGCCACCGCAAAAGACAUGAGCACCAUCAUUGUCGGCCGGCUGAUCAAAGGCCUCGGUGCCGGCGGUCUUGAUGUCCUGCAGACCAUGAUUCUCUGCGACAUCACGACCAUGAAGGAGAGAGCGCGCUGGCUGGGUGUGCUUUCUUCCGCGAACGCCGUCGGUGCGGUCACCGGGCCAUUCAUUGGUGGAGCAUUUGCGCAGGAUGUCGGAUGGCCGUGGCUCGGAUGGAUCAACCUUAUCGCGGCCGGCAUCACGGGCGUACUGACAUUCUUCUUCCUUCACCUUACUCCCAUUGAGGGCGACUUGAAGACGAAAGCUAGGAAGCUUGAUUGGUCUGGGUUUGCCUUGUUUACAAUCAUCGGCACAAUCAUUGCUCUACCGCUCAGCUGGGGAAACACGCUGUAUCCUUGGGGCUCUUGGCGCACACUUGUUCCGCUGCUCAUCGGGAUAGUCCUGCUCAUCUCAUUCGGGUUCGUGGAGAAGAGGGCAACGGCACCCAUGAUCCCAUACAAGAUUUUCGACAACAUCUCAUUCAUCACAGGCAUUGUCUCGGGGUUUCUCUACGGCUCUUUGCUCAAUCCUGUGCUUCUCUACCUCCCGCUGUUCUACCAAGCUGUAUAUCUGGAAACGCCCAUCGUUGCUGCGAAGUCUAUCCUACCGCUCUGUUGCCUGGUCGUCUCUGCAAGCAUCAUUGCAUCGAUAAUCAUCGAAUGGUCUCGAAAAUAUCGAGCCACGCUUUGGACGGGCUGGAUCCUUUCGACGGUGUUUAUGGGUCUGCUCUACAUCAUCGGCGGCUACGUCUAUCAAACCUUCCUCGGGGCAGGUCUCGGAACUGCCCUUAUGGCAACGAUGAUCGCUACCCUGGCGAGCGUAACAAGUGUUGACAACGAGGGACUAGCAGCUGGCAUGCUGGUUACAUCUCGAUUUUUAGGCUCACUCAUAGGUCUGGCGGUGUGCUCGACGGUCUUCAGCUCCGCCUUUGGAGCACGUCUUGCCGCAUCUAUCGGUGAUCUCCCACCAGAAUUGGAGACUCUACGCGAUCCGAGCCAGGCUGUACAAUUCAUCGAAAAGCUCAGAUCCGUCAGCGUGUCACCAGAGGUACUGCAGAAUACGGUCUGGAUUGUUUUGAUGGCAUUUUCGGGGUUUGCUGCACUCAUAUCGGUAUUCACAAGGGAGAAUUCUUUGGAGAAGAGCGAAAUUGGGCGACAGGGCCUCCAGACGUCAGCCGCGGAGUGA